GGGACAACAGGUUGGUUCCGGUCUUCGUCAGCCAACCAGGAACCAGGAACGGUUUUGUGAUCUGGACUGAGGCGGAUGAGACCAGCGACCAUUGUUCCGUUUCUCCUCCCAUUACAGGCCAAAAACAAGACCCCGAUGCUGCUUCCGGCCUAAACAAAGCUAAUCUCAUCUCCCACCACAAGCUGGCAGAGGUUGAUAAUUAUUGUCCCAUAUUUGUGGUCCUCUCAACGUCCUCCCAACCCGAGUGAGGGUUUUGCUUGGGUUUGUCAGUCCGCUGCUAAAUGGAAAUAAAACGAGGAGCUGAAAAUGGCAGCAAUAGAGCUAAUGACCUCCCAGUGCAUUACCUCCGCCUCCUGGCCCCGCCCUUGCAGCUGCUCUCAGCAGCUAUGUGGCGCAUCGUGCAGCAGGGACUCGUGGACCACUACGGCAUGCUGGAGGAGUUUGUUACCAUGGUGACGGAGCUGGUCCCUGAGCUGAUGAGCUACAGUCAGAGGGCUCAGCUCAUACUGGGACUCAGGGCCAGGCUUGUUCUGGAGUUGUGUCGCGGUGAGCAGCCGGUGGACAUGCAGACCAUGCAGCCACAUCUGGAUAGAAUUAAAGCGCCUGUCAGCACAGCCAAGGAUAACCAUAGUACCAUAGACCUGGUGGAGGAGUCUGAGGUCAACUUUGUGGAGCUGGUUCACUCAUUACUAGAGGACCCAGUAGAGAGGAAAUACUUUUUUGAGGAGACCUUUCUUUCAUACUUUGGGCCAAAGUAUGAUGCUGCACUGGAGAUGCUUGUGUGGGAGUUCAUAUCCAGACUGGAGGAGCUCCUUCCUGUCCCGGACUUCACACAGUUGGCCGCUUUGCUCGGAGACGCCCCGUCCUUCCUCAGUGACUGUUUACAAACAUUUUUCCCACCAGCGGACAUGAAGGCGCUACUUGAACACCACAGAAACCUUGGUCAUUUUGAAGAGAAAGAUCCCAGAUUAUUACCCAUGGACGACUGCAUCCUCACCUCCAUGUCCCUGCCUCCCGGGACCAAAGCCCCCACCGACGUUACCUCCUACCUGCCCGCUCACAGAGACCCCAGACCCUCGGAGCAUCACGUCUCCACCAACACGGAAAACCCGCUUCAGGCGAGGAACUUUUCUCACAAGACGAGCGGGGCGCCGUGCGAGGAAACCAUCGACCUUACGGCGUCCAUCGAUACUGAGGCAGACGUGCCGGCAGCCGGCGAGCUGCUCAGCCAAAGCUUCAGAGGAGGGCGGGCGCUCAGGAAAAGGAAGCUGAGCGGUAGUGGCUGCGGUGUGGUGGAGAACCCUAAGCUGCCACCGGAGGCCUCGUCGUUUUUAGAUUCUUCAGUGGAUGAUGAGAAUUCUGGUGAAUCCCCUCUCAUAUCCAUAUGGGGAGACUACACAGAUUCUCGCGAGGGUCCCGUCCUAGCAGUGGUGGACACAAAGGUUCCCUGGUCGGAAGAGGAGACCCUCUAUCUGCUGGACAUUUGGGGCAGCGACUCUGUGCAACAGGCCUUGAAGGGCUGCCUAAAGAACCGCCACAUUUACGUCCAGAUUGCCCAGAAGAUGGCCGAGGGGGGCUUCAUUAGAACGGUGGAGCAGUGUCAGACGCGCAUCAAACGCCUCAAGAAGGGCUUUCGCCAAAAUAGAAGCAGUUCCGGAUUGGAAUAUAAAUUCCAAGAGCAAAUGGAGCGGAUACUUGGCUCCAAUACUUCCUGUACUGCUCCAGACACGGCGUAUGAUGUGGACGAGGUUGUAGAUGACGAAGAGUCUCAAGACGGUGAUGAGGACUUGCAGUUUGUCGGGCAAAGCAGUCAGGGAAUGGGGACUAGAAACAUGCCGUGGACGGAGUCUGAGACCCUGGCCCUCAUCAACACUUGGGGUCAAGAAAAGAUCCAACAGGAGUUGAAAGGAAGUAACAGAACCAUGCACAUGUUCCCCAUCCUUUCCAACAAAAUGGCCGCCCUUGGCUUUUCCAGAACCCCUGAACAGUGUCAGACCAGGCUCAAGAGGCUGAAAUCUAAUUUCAGGCAGUGCUACGAAAGCAACAUGAAGGGUCUGGAGCAAGUCCCCUGCAAGUUUUAUAACCAACUGGCCAGAUUUUUAUUGAAGGAACACCCGGCAACGAAUGAUACACCAGCAGAGCCUGACGACAACUUCUCUCCUUCGUGCACCAUUCAGGACGUCGUGUCUCUUGUCAGCCUUCAAGACGACAGGAAGAAAGUGCCGUGGUCCGACAAAGAGACCAUCAUUCUUCUGGAGCUUUGGGGAGAAUCGCAGAUCCUGCAGAACACGAGAGGCUACCCGCCUAAUGUUCACAUUUUUAGUGAAAUAUCGGAGAAACUUGCAGUGCAUGGCUUCACCCGCACCGCCGACCAGUGCCACACCAGAAUAAAGCGGCUAAAGUCCAGCUAUUGGCAGUGCCGGGAAAGCAUUAGCUCUUCCAGUAGUGACCAAGUCAACUUCAAAUUCUUUGAUUUGAUGGAACAAAUCUUGGACAAGCGGCCGUCCACAUCUUCCGCCACGGUCGCAGACCCCAUUGAGAUUUCUGAAGACUCCAAUGGCGACUCUGUGAUGGAAACAGAGGGAGAAAGCAGAUCUGCGGCCGCCUGCUGGUCGGACGAGGAAACGUCAGUGCUGAUUGACAUCUGGGGGGAGGCGGAGGUGCAGAGGUCACUAAGGGGCUUUGUGUCCAACGGGCACGUUUAUGCGGAAAUUUCCGGGCGGAUGCACGACCUUGGGUACAGCAAAACACCGGAGCAGUGCCACCAAAAAGUCAAGUUGCUGAAGAACAACUUUAUUCAGUGUUAUGAGGGCGAGAAAUAUGGGCAAAGAGUAGAAGACAAGUUCUACAGUCAGCUGCAGCAAGUGUUCGGGGUGGACGUAGUGUCGCUUGAUGACUACGAGGAAAAAGACGAGCAGGACGCAGGAACAGACAACCUGAACACUCAGUGGAACGAGCAGGAGACCGAGGCCCUGCUGGAUAUUUGGGCUGCGGACGACGUGCAGCACAGCUUGAAGACCUGCAUUCGCAAUGGGCAUAUAUAUGCAGACAUCGCAGAAAGGCUGGCCGCUGUCGGCUACACGAGGAGCGCCGAGCAGUGCCAGAUCCGAAUCAAAGCGCUGAAGAAGACCUACAAGCGGCACUGCAACAGCCGCAGAGAUGGGCGAUCUGGACCCUUCCGCUACUUCAACCUCAUUGCGUCGGUGCUGGGGGACAACUGUGUGCCCAACGAUGUGGACGCUUCCUCUGGUGAAGUUCACAUGCAAUCUCUCGAAGACACUUUCCCAGUCCUCUAUGAGCAGCCCUCCACCAGCCACCCGCUGCCCGACCCGAGCAGGAAGACGCCGUGGUCGGACCAUGAGACCCGCACCCUGCUGGAGAUCUGGGGGGAGGACAAUGUCCAGCUCACGUUGAGGGGAUGCCUGAAGAACCGCCACGUAUUUGAGUUCAUCUCUGAGAAGAUGGGCAAUCGUGGAUACACAAGGACCACAGAGCAGUGCUACACUCGCAUCAAGCGCCUUAAAUAUGGCUUCCUUCACGAAAAAAUGGACUUUAAAUUCUUCAGAGAGAUGGAAGAGAUCUUCAGGAGGGAGUUAAAAGCCGACACUUCAGUCCCAGACGAGCCUGAUGAGGACAUGUAUGAACCCAUCCAAGAUCUGGUGCUCGCCCCGGGCAUCCAGUGGCUGGCCGACAACUCCAGGCACCCGUGGAGCGACGGCGAGACGCAAAUCCUCCUGAGCAUGUGGGGGAGCGAGGACGUGCAGAACACGCUGAAGAGCUGCACCAAGAACAAGCACAUCUUCGAGCAGAUCUCUGAAACCUUGACCAGCCAAGGAUAUCAGCGCACGCCCCAGCAGUGCCAGACCCGAAUCAGAAAGCUCAAGUACAGAUUCCGACAGUUCCUCGACGGCAAAGCAGGGGACAAACAGGAGUGCAAGUUUUUCGACCAGCUGGUGAAGAUAUUUGGCACCAAGUAUGUCGGCUCCGAUCCACAGCCCGAUGAUUCAGCUGAUGUCAUAGAGUCAUAGUUAAAAAAGUCCUUUAUCGCGGUGCCAAAUUAUGGAAGAAAAAGAAGAAACUGUGAAGUAAACGUCUGUGCUGGGCAGCUCCUUCCUGUUGCCAUAUUUGGGCAUGUCCAGCCCUCUCUGAGUGAAGAAGGCACAUGAACAUAUGAGUGUGUCCUCAAUGGUGAGUCACAGACACUCGCCGUCUUCCUCUGGAAAAUAUUGUUUUUCAACAAACAUGUCCCACCUUUUUCUACUUCAUUUCACUUUGGUGUGGUCUGCUCAGAUCCACCAUUUACCAGUUUGUACUUGAUUGUAUAAAGUUUGUUGUAUACAAUUUGAAGUGCUGAAGACUUCUUGAACGUCUUACGCAGCGUUUUAUUUAUUUCAAACACUUCUGUAUGUGGGCCAAAGUUUUCUAGCUAAUUUAUUUUGUCUUUUUCCCUCUACUUUCCCUGAGGUCUAUUUUUAUUAUGUUCAUGUGUACAAUCCAUGUCUUUAUCAUAUUCAUGUUUAAUUCAGGUUUUAUUGCUGUGAUUUGUCAUGUUGGAUUUCACACUUUGUACACUGGGAUAGUAAUAAAUAAACCACUUUGGGGUAAA